AAACAGAACACCCUCACCCCACACACACACACAUACAUACACAAACUCUGUAUCUAUCUAUUCCAUAUCACAAACCACCGAAAUACACCCAAAGUUCACAACUUUACAUCCAAAAUCCAUCCAAAACUUCUUUUAAUUCAUUCUUAAGCUUCUUAUUUCACUCAAAAUCACCAAUAUUCACCCAUUUACCGAUCUUUUAAUUUGUUAGGGUUUUUUUUUAAUAAAAGUUUUGAUCAAUACCCACAAAUAAUUUGUUGAUUUCUGAAGUGGGGUUUCAAAAUUAAGCCCAAAUUUAUGUGCUUUUUUUAAUUAUAAAUUGUUAUAUUUUCAAUAAAUAGAUAUAGAUAUAGAUAUAUGGUGUAGAAUUAGGUUAUUUUGGUUAUGAUGGGAGGAACUGGUGAAGCUGAUAGAAAACGCCAGUUUAGUUCAAUAUCAUCAUCACCAACUUCUGCUGCUGCUAAUGCUAAGAAACACCCUUUUGUGCCUUCUUCUGAAGAAAAAAAGCAGCAAAGCAGCGGUGCACCAGACCAUUUUGGUAGUGCAAUGCCAAGGCAACAUCUUGACACUGUAGUACUCAAAUUUCAAAAUCAAAAACUCGUUCAGAAGUUAGAAUCACAAAAGGUUGAAUAUGUUGCUCUAGAUAACAAAUUCAGUCAACUGAGGGAGAAACAAUUGCCAUACAACAAUACUUUAGCUGUAGUAGAUAAGUCUUGGGAUGAGCUCGUUGAUAAAAUAGAGUCAUGCUCUAUCCACACAAAGGAGUUGUCAGGUCAUGGUCAUGAUCAUGAUCAUCAUAAUAGGAACCCUCCGGCUGCAGGAGUGUCAUAUAAUGAAUCACUACGUCCAGAGGAUGUCUUUCUUCACCGGCUUUUAGAUAAAGGUGCAACGGAGAGUAGCUCUGAAACUAAUAGCAAUCCAAGUCAGGGGCAAGAUUUUCGAGAAUCUACUGGAAACAAAGUUCAGAAUACUUUAAGAAAUAUUGUUCAUGCUAUCGAUGCCAUAUGGACUUUGAAGGAUGGACUUUAUGCCGAAACCGUAAAGAACUUUCCUGAAGUGUCAUGCAGACCAAACACGUCAAUUGAGUUAGAGAAUGAAGUGAAGAGAUUGAGGUUAGGAAUAGGUGAUAUGCAUCUGAAGCACAGGUCUCUAGCAAGGCAGAUGCAGUUCCACCGUGACGCUGAUGCCAAGAAUAAAUCCGAGCUCAGACAAUUGAAGGGGGAGCUGGAGUGCACCAUUGCCGAGUUGGAAGAAAGUAACAAGAAUUUGGCAGCCCUUAAAGCAGAGGCUGAUGCAGCAAACGGAGGAAUUUUCCCUGUACUUCUUGGAAAUAAGCGUGUUGCUAAUGAUAGGGCGAGAGAAAAAGAUAAGGAUGUACAUGAUAUGGAGUUUUUAUUGAAGGAAUUAUUGGAACAAGCUUCUUCCAGACAACUAGAUCUCAAACGUUUACACGAAGAAAGAAUGGACAUAUUAAAAAAAUUAUCGAGUUUGCAGGCUACCUUAAAGAACGUGAAGGGCAUUUUCUCUUCUGAAGCUUUUGUCUUGGUGAAAGAUCAAAUUGCAAAGGCACGAGGAGAGAUAGCAGAAUUUCAAGCUCAAGUCGAGAAAUUGCAGGUGGAGAAAGAUAAUCUUGGGUGGCGGGAAAGGGAGUUCAACAUGAAAGUUGAUAUUACGGAUGUUUUGCGCCAAUCUUCUGCUUUUUCCGACUCUAGAAUUAGCGACCUGAAAAUGGAGAUACAAAAACAAAUUGAUGGAAGAAAGUUGAUUGAAUCUAAAUUGGAAGAAGCAUCAAGAGAACCCGGCAGGAAAGAAAUCAUUGCAAAAUUUAGAGCCUUUGUGUCUUCAUUCCCGGAGGAUAUGGGAAGUAUGCAAACUGAACUAAGAAAACACAAAGAGGCUUCUUCAGAUGUUCACUCAUUGCGUGCCAAUGUUCAAUCUCUUUCCAACAUUCUGGACAGGAAGGCAAAAGAGUUGGAAGCAUUAUCUGGUAGAUCAGCUGCAGAAUCUGCUGAAAUACAGAGAUUACGAGCAACAAUACAUGACUUAGAGGAGAGUGACUUGGAGUUGAAGGCCAUUAUGGAUGUGCACAGGCGCGAAACCAUCUAUUCAAGGGAUAUACUUGAGGCUAGGAACUCAGAAUACAAGGCUUGGGCUCAUGUUCAAAGCCUGAGUCAUUCUCUUGAUGAACAUAACCUAGAAACACGAGUCAAGACAGCAAUUGAAGCUGAGGCAGCAUCUCAGCAAAUGUUAGCUGCCGCAGAAGCUAAGAUUGCUGAUCUAAGGCAGAAAUGGGAAACCUCUAAAAGGGAAAAAUGUAGACUUUCUGAUGUGCUGAAGUCCAAGCAUGAAGAAAAUGAAGCCUACCUUUCCGAAAUAGAGACUAUUGGCCAAGCGUACGAUGACAUCCAAACUCAAAAUCAACAGCUUUUGCAGCAAAUUACAGAGAGAGAUGACUAUAACAUUAAGCUUGUUUUGGAGGGAGUGCGUGCGAGACAGCUGCAGGAUUCUCUUCUCAUGGACAAACAAACUGUGGAAAAAAUGCUUCAACAGGGAAAUGCAUUGAAAGUUUUUUGCGAAACAAAAGCUGAAAGAAUUGAGGAUCAGGUGAGAUCAUGCUCGGAUCAAGUACAGAAGCUAUCUGAAAGUAGGGCUCAAAAGAUGGUUUCCUUGGAAAAUACUCAAAGGAGACUACAAGAUAUCAGAAGAACAUCUCAGCAGCUAACAGACUCGUUAGAUGAAUCACAGAGUAAGGUCGACAGAAGUCGGAUUAGUCUUGUGGAUUUACAGAUCGAAUUCGAAAAGGAAAGGUUUGACAAAAAGAGAGUUGAAGAGGAGUUGGAAGCUUCAAGAAGAAAGCAUUUACGUCUAACGGCACACUUAGACGGGUCAUCAGUAGUUGAAAAACUUCAGCAGGAGCUUAAAGAAUACAAGGAAAUACUCAAAUGCAGUGUUUGCCUUGACAGACCAAAAGAGGUGGUGAUUACAAAAUGUUAUCAUCUCUUUUGCAAUCAUUGUGUCCAGAAGAUUAUUGAAAGUCGGCAUCGGAAGUGCCCUCUAUGUGCUGCAAGUUUUGGUGCUAAUGAUGUAAAACCUGUUUACAUUUGACACGAUUUUUUUGGUAAAUGGCCCAAAUAGACUGCACACAUCUUCAUGUAUAAUAUGAAAAAGGUUUCUAGGGAACGAACACGAACGAUGUUUUCAUUCCCGCACAAAUCUAUAUUGGUUUGCUGCUCCUGGUUUUCAGAUUUUGUCAAUUUUGCAUAGUUUUUUUUAGAUUUUUUAGUGUAGCUGUGAAAGUUUCUUGUUAUGAUUUCAUAUUCAUGUAUUUAGCUAUAUGGUACCUUAUAAUAUGAUCAUUGACUGAUUUCUUGAAUCAAAAAAUUUUGAUUUCAUUCUCCA